AUGACACCUGCCGUUUUUGCCUGCACAUCCGGGGAAUACCUUACAUACUCAGGAGAAUGUAAGAAGUGUCCAAGGGGAACUUUUGGGGAAUCUCCUCCAUCUUUCAGAUGUGAGCCGUGUGGAGGAGCAAAGACAACCAUCUCUGAUGGAGCAACUAACAUUACAGACUGUGUGUACCAGAUUGUUGGUUGUUUUGACAACAUGAGCGUUGGAAACGACACUGUUAACUUAGCCGGUACAAAUAAAAUUGAAACCUGUCUGGAGUUUUGCGCCGAAAGAGAAUAUCUUUAUUCUGCCAUACAGAAUGCAAACACUUGUUUCUGCUCACAGACAAACGACGGUACUGUUUCCAGUGGAUGUACCUUGCAAUGUGGCGGUGAGCCAAACUCCUGUGGAGGGAUAAAUUCUAUGACGGUUUACAGAACAGGAAAAAGAGGGGCAUCCAUCACAACAAUAGGAAACAGUGAGGUCGAUCUGACGGAAUUGGGAUUGAAUAUCAGUGGAAUGGCAGAAUUUGAAUUCAUAGCGCUUGGUUGUAAAGAUGCGCAUGUUCGACUGAUGAACGAUCGUGGAAAUUAUUCACAUAACUUUAUCGAAAUAGUCAUCGGAGCAAGUAAAAACCAAUAUUUUGCCAUUCGAAAGAAGAGAUAUGGCGACAGCUUACUUCAGCGGACUGGUAGUUUUAUGGAUUGUUACAGCUGGAAAUAUUUCAAAAUUUCCUGGAAUAAUGGGACGAUUACUGUUUUUGAAAAUAGUACCAACACUUUCCAUACAAAAGACACUGGAUUCGUUUUUGACGUCAAUCAUAUAGUAAUCUCUGCAUAUGGCACAGCCCAAGUCUGUUGGAAAGUCCUAGCAGAUAUAGAAAGAAGUGACGAAUGCCCCCCUAUUCCUACGGAAGAAAUUUGUGAAUGUCCAUGCUCCUCUUCAAAUAUCACAGAAGAAGCCCUUCAAGAAAAAAUUAGAGAACUGAAGAGGCAAUUAACUGUCGAUGUCACAACUACGUCACAAUAUAUUAGGAAGCUUGUUUGUGCAGAUGAUCCUAGACCCUCAGCUACAAGUGUUGGAAUUCUUUUUGGGCCUAUAUUAAUCACAGUCCUGUUGGGGCUUAUAAUUUUGGCGGAUUUUUCAAACCUAGCUAAGUUGGCCAUUCGACUGAAAAAGAUUAUUCGACGAAUGGGGAGAGGAAGAAGAUUUAAAAACAAGUAUACAGACAGCACAACAAAAGACAAGACUGAAGAAUUCAAUAAUAAAAAAGGCGGGAAAAACGAGGGGGACGAUAAAAAAAGUAAACCAAACCUAAAAAAUCAGGCUGUGAACAUGAAGCAGACUUCGUUGAUAGGAAACUCAAACCCGAUCCCCGAUAGUAAAAGUGUGGACCAAAGCAAAGAGACAAAGGGGAAAAAUGUUUCUCACAGAAAACAUACCCAAGGAAAUCUGCAUAACAAGCUUCAGAACAAACCGAAUGCAAAGGAAGAUCAGAAAAAAAUCGGCAAACCUACAAAUCUGUCUACACAGUUAAACAAUCAAAAAGCAGAUGAAUGCAACGAAAUUGAACAAGUAGAGGCAAAAGUCGGAAAAGCUGUUAAGAGACAAGCAGUAGGAAAACCAGCCAUAAACAACCUUAAGAAUAGUAAUAAUAAGAACAGUAAUGUUUCUAAAAAUGUCAACAAGAGUUAG